UGUCCAUUUUCGUUGAAAGGCAUUCGAUAGAAGGUUCAAGUGCGUUGCCCAUCCAAUAAUAUCUGUUUUAAUCCUAUUUAUUUGUGAAAGUUACGAAAAAAACGAAAGAAUGUUGAUGCCAAAAAAGAAUCGUGUGUCCAUUUACGAGUACCUUUUCAAGGAGGGUGUUAUGGUAGCAAAGAAAGACUACCAUGCACCAAAACAUCCGGAAUUGGAAACAAUUCCAAACCUUCAAGUUAUUAAGGCUAUGCAGUCGUUAAAAUCACGAGGUUAUGUAAAAGAACAGUUUGCAUGGAGGCACUUUUACUGGUACCUCACGAAUGAUGGUAUUGAGUUCUUGCGUGGAUACUUGCAUUUGCCACCUGAAAUAGUACCGUCGACCCUCAAAAAGCAACCGAGGUCCGAAACCACGAGACCAAGACCCGCGGCGACGAGGAGUGAAGGCUCGAGGCCGACAGAAGAUCGCGCUGGAUACAGGCGCGGCCCAGGUGGUGCCCCAGGUGCUGGCGACAAGAAGGCUGAUGUCGGGGCAGGUACCGGAGAUCUGGAAUUCCGUGGUGGUUUUGGUCGUGGCAAAGCUCUACAGUAAUUUUUUUAAUGUAAAAUAAAUACUACACAUAAAACGUAA